CUCCCUCCUUUUGAUCAGGCGGGAAUAGUGCCCUGACUUGGGGGGCAGGAUCCCUGGCCAAGAUCUUGGGCCCCCCGUGUGAACAGGGGUUUCUAGGAAGAAUGGUUCAGGGUCCGAGACUCCAGGCCCUGCCCACGUCCUGUGCAUCCAUAUGGGCCUGAGAACCAGAUCUGAUGCGGUCCAGGCUGGGGAUCCAGCAAAGUUGGUUACCAGGCUGAAGGAGCAUGGCCGAGGUGGUUGGGGGAGGCAGCUUCCAUGGAGCGAGAGGAAUGCCAGGACCCUGCCCAGACAGACGUGGGCCAGCCUCAGCACCGACAGCCAGCACGCAGAUAGCAGAACCGUCCACGGGGUUGAACCAUGAUUCCAGUGACAGAGCUCCGCUACUUUGCGGACACGCAGCCAGCCUACCGGAUCCUGAAGCCAUGGUGGGACGUGUUCACCGACUACAUCUCCAUUGUCAUGCUGAUGAUCGCGGUCUUUGGGGGCACACUGCAGGUCACCCAGGACAAGAUGAUCUGCCUGCCUUGUAAGUGGGUCACCAAGGACUCCUGCAACGACUCAUUCCGGGGCUGGGCAGCCCCUGGCCCAGAGCCCACCUACCCCAACUCCACGGUCCUGCCGACCCCCGGCGCAGGCCCCACGGGCAUCAAGUACGACCUGGACCGGCACCAGUACAACUACGUGGACGCCGUGUGCUACGAGAACCGCCUGCACUGGUUCGCCAAGUACUUCCCCUACCUGGUGCUCCUGCACACGCUCAUCUUCCUGGCCUGCAGCAACUUCUGGUUCAAGUUUCCGCGCACGAGCUCGAAGCUGGAGCACUUCGUGUCUAUCCUGCUCAAGUGCUUCGACUCGCCUUGGACCACACGCGCCCUGUCCGAGACGGUGGUGGAAGAGAGCGACCCCAAGCCGGCCUUCAGCAAGAUGAACGGCUCCAUGGACAAGAAGUCGUCGACGGUCAGCGAAGACGUGGAGGCCACCGUGCCCAUGCUGCAGCGGACCAAGUCCCGGAUCGAGCAGGGCAUCGUGGACCGCUCGGAGACGGGCGUGCUGGACAAGAAGGAGGGCGAGCAGGCCAAGGCGCUGUUCGAGAAGGUGAAGAAGUUCCGCACCCACGUGGAGGAGGGGGACAUCGUGUACCGCCUCUACAUGCGGCAGACCAUCAUCAAGGUGGUCAAGUUCAUCCUCAUCAUCUGCUACACCGUCUACUACGUGCACAACAUCAAGUUCGACGUGGACUGCACCGUGGACAUCGAGAGCCUGACGGGCUACCGCACCUACCGCUGUGCCCACCCGCUGGCCACGCUCUUCAAGAUCCUGGCGUCCUUCUACAUCAGCCUGGUCAUCUUCUACGGCCUCAUCUGCAUGUACACGCUGUGGUGGAUGCUGCGGCGCUCCCUCAAGAAGUACUCGUUCGAGUCCAUCCGCGAGGAGAGCAGCUACAGCGACAUCCCCGACGUCAAGAACGACUUCGCCUUCAUGCUCCACCUCAUCGACCAGUACGACCCGCUCUACUCGAAGCGCUUCGCCGUCUUCCUGUCGGAGGUGAGCGAGAACAAGCUGCGGCAGCUGAACCUCAACAACGAGUGGACGCUGGACAAGCUGCGGCAGCGGCUCACCAAGAACGCGCAGGACAAGCUGGAGCUGCACCUGUUCAUGCUCAGCGGCAUCCCCGACACCGUGUUCGACCUGGUGGAGCUGGAGGUGCUGAAGCUGGAGCUGAUCCCGGACGUGACCAUCCCGCCCAGCAUCGCCCAGCUCACGGGCCUCAAGGAGCUGUGGCUGUACCACACGGCGGCCAAGAUCGAGGCGCCCGCCCUGGCCUUCCUGCGCGAGAACCUGCGGGCCCUGCACAUCAAGUUCACGGACAUCAAGGAGAUCCCGCUGUGGAUCUACAGCCUGAAGACCCUGGAGGAGCUGCAUCUGACGGGCAACCUGAGCGCGGAGAACAACCGCUACAUCGUCAUCGACGGGCUGCGCGAGCUCAAGCGCCUCAAGGUGCUGCGGCUCAAGAGCAACCUGAGCAAGCUGCCGCAGGUGGUCACCGACGUGGGCGUGCACCUGCAGAAGCUGUCCAUCAACAACGAGGGCACCAAGCUCAUCGUCCUCAACAGCCUCAAGAAGAUGGUGAACCUGACCGAGCUGGAGCUGAUCCGCUGCGACCUGGAGCGGAUCCCACACUCCAUCUUCAGCCUCCACAACCUGCAGGAGAUCGACCUCAAGGACAACAACCUCAAGACCAUCGAGGAGAUCAUCAGCUUCCAGCACCUGCACCGCCUCACCUGCCUUAAGCUGUGGUACAACCACAUCGCCUACAUCCCCAUCCAGAUCGGCAACCUCACCAACCUCGAGCGCCUCUAUCUGAACCGCAACAAGAUCGAGAAGAUCCCCACCCAGCUCUUCUACUGCCGCAAGCUGCGCUACCUGGACCUCAGCCACAACAACCUGACCUUCCUCCCCGCCGAUAUCGGCCUCCUGCAGAACCUCCAGAACUUGGCGGUCACGGCCAACCGGAUCGAGGCAUUGCCCCCGGAACUCUUCCAGUGCCGGAAGCUGCGGGCGCUGCACCUGGGCAACAACGUUCUGCAGUCACUGCCCUCCAGGGUGGGCGAGCUGACCAACCUGACCCAGAUCGAGCUGCGGGGCAACCGGCUGGAGUGUCUGCCCGUGGAGCUGGGCGAGUGCCCGCUGCUCAAGCGCAGCGGCCUGGUGGUGGAGGAGGACCUGUUCAACACGUUGCCGCCCGAGGUGAAGGAGCGGCUGUGGAGGGCUGACAAGGAGCAGGCCUGAGCACUGGCGGACGGCUGAGCACGGGGCCACCGAGGAGCCCUGGGACCCAGGGACCCAGGCACCCAGGGACAACCAGCCAGGUCUCAGCCAGGCCAGGAGCCCGGGGCUGGACGUCGGCUGGGCUGCAGCGACAGGACAGUACCUGAGGGGCUGGCCCCUUUUCUCCUUCGAGACUCAUGCCCCCCAGGGCGGGCGCCUUGUCGGGGAGAUCAGAGACCUAAGUCGUAGAGUGCAGUAUUUGGACAAUCAGAGCCUCUUCCCUGGAGGCCAUCUCUGCCGCCAAAGGCCCAGGGACACCUACUUAGCUCUUGGUAUUUAUUUUUCGCCACUUCCCACCCCUCCCUCCGGAUAACUUCUACAUUCCCAAGAAAGUCCAGCUCAGAUGGGGGAGGUGUUGAAGGAAGGGUGGGCAGUGUCCCUUUUUCUUUUUUUUGGUGAUGCCACCGGCGGUACCCACCCAGACUUGAGCAGAGUGGUCCAGGGAGAACCAGCUGUGGAUAGUCGCCCCUCCCCCACCCUUGGUGCGGGGGACGGGCUCUGGCGGUAUGGCCCAGGGGACGGUAGGCCGCCGGGUAGAAAGGCCAGGCCUGGGGCUUGCCUCAUCAGUUUUAGAUUUUUUUUUUUUUAAGUAAAAAAAAAAAAAAGAAAAAGAAAAAGAAA